AUGCCCUCUGUACUUCUUUUUGGGGCUACCGGCCUCAUCGGAUCUCGUUUGGCCAUUGAUCUCAAAAAGACACUCCCUGGAUGGCCGCUGACAGUAUUCGUGCGCAACUCCAAUGUCGACGAGUGGUUCAAAACCACCGCCAAUGUUGAUCGAAUCGUCCAUGGGACAAUCUCCGACGCCGAGCUGGUGCGGUCUCUGAGCAAAGAACAUGACAUCGUCAUCAACGCCAUUACUUCCUUCGACGGUGACUUUGUCAAGAACAUUAUCGCAGGCAUGGAAGAGAGACCCGAACAAUCCAAGGGCACCUUGGUCCAUAUCUCCGGCACGGGCAAUUUUAUCGAUCAUGGCACGACCGGAAGUUUCAAUCCCGACGGCAAAGUUUGGAAUGACGACAACGAAGACGACAUCCGAAAGAUUGUGCCGAGCAUGUUCAACGGUCCCACAGACGUCCCGGUGCUCGAGGCAGGAGAACGCGGAAAGAUCAUCACCUACAUUGUGUGCUUUGCCAUGACCUACGGCCCCAACAUUGGGCCGGCGCCAAACCUAGGGGUUGCCUACAAUCUGUUGACUUCGAACGCAAAGAAGCAAGGAUACGUCCCAUAUGUCGGUGAUGGUUCGGCCGUGGCUAGUUUGAUCCAUGUCGGGGAUGGCGUUCCUUUCCUCACGAAGAUCGUCGGGAUCGCUGGCACGCAGAAGCCCACGGGUAGCGCCUACUCCAGGUACUAUAUCCUCCAUGGCGAGAGGGUCGCCUGGAAGGACUUGAGUUCUGAAUUGGCCAAGGUCCUGCAUGCCAAGGGUGUCGUGGCUUCGCCAGAGCCCAAAGCCGUGCCCUCCGCUGAUGCCGGGGCAGGGGAGAUUGGCGCGCUGAUAGCGUCGAAUAUGCUGGUGAAGGGAGAUCGUGCCGCCAGGCUGGGUUUCAAGGCCACGCAUCCGUCGGUCUUGGUGCAACUGCACGAGGAUCUCGGAGCCCAGAACUUCUAG